AUGAAGCUCCUCCAGCAACUCGAGCGGGAUUUGCUUGCAUCCUCCAACGGGGAAUCCUUUACUUAUACCGCCACCGUCGAUGAGUACAAGGAGCUCGACUUGUUCUUUCGAACUAUACAAGCCCAAAUUUCGAACCGAGGAGAUAUCGACCUGUUUCAAGUAGCCCACGGCGCGGAUGUUGAUUUUACUCUCGAGUACCAGGGUGAAAAGAUCGAGAAGACGCCCGAUUUUUUUUUCAUCCCUGACCGUCUACCUUUUCCUUCAGUUGCCCUUGAAGUUGGAUACAGCGAGACAUAUGAACAUCUGCUCCAUUCCAUGGACCUGCUGUUAGAAGGCAGCGGCGGACAUGCCCGAGUAGUGAUUCUGGUGAAGGUAUUUCCAAUACAAAGAGACCAGACAGAGAUCGAGUCUGCAUUUGUUGAGGUCCAUGAGUACGAUGCCUCAUCUGGACGUCGGAAGAGGCGCGGAGGGCGGAAGAUUAGUCCAUUUCUAUAG